UCUACUUUCAUUUACCAAAGAGUAACUGUUCCCCGCGAAAAACGAUUGCUGACUGGAAAAUGACGUUGACAGACGACGAAGACUUAACAAAAUUAAUAGCCGCACGUAAGUCGGUACGAGUGAAGUUUGUCAAUGACGAAGACAUCGUCCAACACAUUGUACAUCUGAAAGAAAGAAAGAGAGGUGGCCUUCCACAUAUGGAGCGUACAGUUUCCAGCGGAGCCAAAAGACAAGCUGUUAUGAUUAACGACCAAGAAGUUGUACUUGGAAGCAGUGAUGAGGAAGAUGAAGUUUAUAAAUCCUCAAGAGCUUUGGUGAAUGAUGGAGUUGCUGGUGGUAAAGAUUUGUUUACUUUUCGAACACCCAAGAAAUCAAAUUCAAUGACUCAAAAAGCACUUGAAUCAAAAACUCCAACCACUCCAAAAUCUAAGAAUUCUUUGCAAGAAUUUAACAGACAAUAUACAGCACUUGAAUCAAAAACACCAACCACUCCAAAAUCUAAGAAUUCUUUGCAAGAAUUUAACAGACAAUAUACAGCACUUGAAUCAAAAACACCAACCACUCCAAAAUCUAAGAAUUCUUUGCAAGAAUUUAACAGACAAUAUACAGGCCUUCAAUCAAGAUCUCCAAAUACUCCAAAAUCUAGGAAGCCAUUAUCUGAAUCCAAUAGACAUGAAACAGGUAGUCUUGCUAUGACCUUACGGAAGAAAUCACACAAAAGACCAGAAACCACUACACCAUAUCGGCUCCGUAAAAGAAAUCAUUUUGCUUACAAUGAUGAAUCCUCCAGUGACAGUUUAUAUUCUUCCAGUGAUGAAAGUGACUCAAGCUUUGAACCCCAACAGAAGGUCCUUUCAAACACUGCUGAUUUAACUAUCAAGGAGUCUAAUGAUUCCUCUAAAAUUAAGCCAACUUCUGAAGCUAACACAAAAAUUUCAACGCCAAGUGCUUCCAAAAAAAUGCCUGAGGAAGAUAUGCCAUCUGUUGUAGAACAGUAUUUUGAAGUACAUUCUACAAAAGGACUUACAUCAGACCGAACACUAUCUCGACUGGAUAUGCCACGAAUUGAUUUAGACGAUUUACAGAAACUUCUAAAAAAUGUCUCAGGAAACCAUUGCAAGGAGUACAAACAGCUUUUUGACAAAUAUCCUGAAUAUUUUGACAAAUGGUUAUUUUUACUCAGUUAUGGAUUCAAUAUUUUGGUAUAUGGAUUUGGUUCCAAGAAAUCAUUAUUAGAAAAAUUCUUCUCUAAAAAACUCAAUGGAUAUGAUCAUGUUAUUGUCAAUGGUUUCUUCCCAAGUCUGUCAAUAAAACACAUUUUAGAUUCAAUAACAGAAGAGAUUCUUAAUGAAGAAGGAACAUUUAAAACCUUGUUGGACCAGUGUGAAUUUAUUAAGAAGUCUCUAGAAGAUGAUGACAGAGAUUUCUUCCUGUUAAUCCAUAAUAUUGAUGGCAUCAUGUUACGUUCAGCUAAAGUCCAGAAUAUAUUUAGUUUCCUAUGUAAAAUUAAGCGUUUCCAUAUGGUCGCUUCUGUUGAUCACAUAAAUGCGCCUUUAAUCUGGGACCAGAUGCGCUACAUCAGAUUCAAUUGGUUGUGGUGUGAUGUAACUACUUAUGAGCCUUACAUGGAGGAAACAGCCUAUGAAAAUUCCUUGAUGGUGCAACAAUCUGGACGUUUAGCACUCAGCUCCCUGUCACAUGUCAUGCAUAGUUUAACAUCAAAUGCUAAAGGGAUAUUCAUGCUUCUUGCUCGCUAUCAAAUGGAAAAUCAAGCCGGUGUUCAGAACUAUCAAGGAAUGUCUUUCCAUGACCUCUACCUGCGUUGCCGAGAAUCAUUUUUAGUAAACAAUGAUAUUGCUUUGCGAUCACAGUUGACAGAGUUCAGAGACCAUAAGCUGAUUAAGUCUAAGAAGGCUGCAGAUGGCAUAGAGCAUCUCAUCAUCCAACUUGAUACAUCCACAUUGAAAGAUUAUUUUGAGACGGAAGAGGCAUUAUAAAAUUGGAUGGGGGCCAUCCAGUAAUUACUUUACAACUGGGGUUAUUUGAAAUUUCCACUGUUGUUCAGAAAAAGAAUUAAAGAAUUUUGUAAGAUAGACCAUUUUAUUUAUAUAUCUAUUUUGAAAGAAUAAAGUGUAUUUUAAAAAUAAAAUAUUUGUAGUUGCAAACAAUGA